AAAUUAUUAUUUUGAAGGCGCUAGAUCUGGGGACCGAAAGGGGGAGGGGGAGAAAUCGGAAACCGAGGACAACCCAAAAGGACUCACUUUGCCUGAUGACUCAACGCAACUAAUAAUCAUCUCCCUCUCAGUGUCUUUCUCUCUGCGGCUUGUCAGUGAGUCCGGCUCUGUCUUCUGGCAGAGGCGGCCGCGAGGGGAGAGGUUGGAGGUGACAGCUUGUGCGGCCGCCGCGUUUUCUAUUGCGCGCGGUCCGGGGUCUCCGCACCUUCCCCGCUCUUGGUGGCACCGUCCCCGCGACUCCGGCCGCGCCUCCUCUGGAGCUAGCGGCUGUAGGAACCAGCAGCCGCAGCAGCCUCCCAGUCCUCAGCCCUUUCUCUCCAGAACCGGUCUUCUACCCGAAGGUGUGAAAGGCUCUUUCAGCCCCCUCUCACCCCCCCUCCGCCGUCCCCUCCCCCUCUCGCUCUGGUGCCCCUUUGGAGGAGUCCUCCUUUCCUUCUCCUCCUCCUCCUCCUUCACCGCCCCCCGCCCCCAUCAUCAUAACAACCAUCUCCGAACCAGAAGAAGACACCCUGACCCAGGACCUUAAACACUAGGACCGGGGAAGAGGAAAAGGAAGGGGGAAGGAGGAAAGAGAAAGGAAGACUAGGACAACACUGCAAAUCACCAGAAACUUUCCACCCUGGAUUCUCUACUUUUGCUCCAUGGACAGAGCCCCAGCCAGCCAAGUUUCAGACAGACCGUGAGCAGUCCCUGUGCGUUUUAUUGCGACCUGCCGGUGGGAACUUUGUCUCCAAAUCGGAGCAGCAUGGAGCGGCGGAGCGAGAGCCCGUGUCUGCGGGACAGCCCCGACCGAAGGAGCGGCAGCCCCGACGUCAAGGGGCCUCCCCCGGUGAAGGUGGCCCGGCUGGAGCAGAACGGCAGCCCCAUGGGAGCCCGCGGGAGGCCCAACGGCGCCGUGGCCAAGGCCGUGGGAGGUCUGAUGAUUCCAGUCUUCUGUGUGGUAGAGCAGUUGGAUGGCUCUCUUGAAUACGACAAUCGAGAAGAGCAUGCUGAGUUCGUCUUGGUGCGAAAAGAUGUGCUUUUUAGCCAGCUGGUGGAGACCGCGCUCCUGGCCCUGGGGUAUUCCCACAGCUCUGCAGCUCAGGCCCAAGGAAUAAUCAAGCUGGGGAGGUGGAACCCUCUCCCCCUCAGUUAUGUGACAGACGCCCCUGAUGCGACUGUGGCCGACAUGCUGCAAGAUGUCUAUCACGUUGUGACGUUGAAGAUCCAAUUACAAAGUUGUUCAAAGUUGGAAGACUUGCCUGCGGAGCAGUGGAACCACGCCACCGUCCGCAAUGCCUUAAAGGAACUGCUCAAAGAAAUGAACCAGAGCACAUUAGCCAAAGAAUGCCCUCUCUCCCAGAGUAUGAUUUCAUCCAUUGUAAAUAGCACAUACUAUGCCAAUGUGUCAGCAACCAAGUGCCAGGAGUUUGGAAGAUGGUACAAAAAAUAUAAGAAGAUAAAAGUGGAAAGAGUGGAGCGAGAGAACCUUUCAGACUAUUGUGUUCUGGGCCAGCGGCCAAUGCAUUUACCAAAUAUGAACCAGCUGGCAUCCCUGGGCAAAACCAACGAACAGUCUCCUCAUAGCCAAAUCCACCACAGUACUCCAAUCCGAAACCAAGUGCCCGCACUACAGCCCAUCAUGAGCCCUGGUCUUCUCUCACCACAGCUCAGUCCACAGCUUGUCAGGCAGCAAAUAGCCAUGGCCCAUCUGAUAAACCAACAGAUAGCCGUUAGCCGGCUCCUGGCUCACCAGCAUCCUCAAGCCAUCAACCAGCAGUUCUUGAACCAUCCACCCAUUCCCAGAGCAGUUAAGCCAGAGCCAACAAACUCCUCUGUAGAAGUCUCCCCUGAUAUUUACCAGCAAGUUAGAGAUGAGCUGAAGAGGGCCAGUGUGUCUCAAGCUGUCUUUGCAAGAGUGGCAUUCAAUCGCACACAGGGAUUAUUGUCAGAGAUACUGCGUAAGGAAGAAGACCCCAGGACUGCGUCUCAGUCUCUUCUAGUAAACCUGAGGGCCAUGCAGAACUUCCUCAACCUGCCUGAAGUGGAGCGUGAUCGAAUUUACCAGGAUGAGCGAGAGCGGAGCAUGAACCCCAAUGUGAGCAUGGUCUCCUCUGCCUCGAGCAGCCCCAGCUCCUCCCGAACCCCACAGGCCAAAACCUCGACACCGACAACAGACCUCCCUAUUAAGGUGGACGGCGCCAACGUCAACAUCACAGCUGCCAUUUAUGACGAGAUCCAACAGGAGAUGAAAAGAGCCAAGGUGUCUCAAGCCCUGUUUGCCAAAGUGGCUGCAAACAAAAGUCAGGGCUGGCUUUGUGAACUGCUUCGUUGGAAGGAGAACCCCAGCCCAGAAAACCGCACCCUUUGGGAGAAUCUCUGCACCAUCCGCCGUUUCCUGAAUCUUCCCCAGCAUGAGAGGGAUGUGAUCUAUGAGGAAGAAUCUCGACAUCACCACAGUGAACGCAUGCAGCACGUAGUCCAGCUCCCGCCUGAGCCUGUGCAGGUGCUUCAUCGACAACAGUCCCAGCCAACUAAGGAGAGCUCCCCUCCCAGAGAAGAAGCACCUCCACCACCUCCUCCAACAGAAGACAGCUGUGCCAAAAAACCUCGAUCUCGCACAAAGAUCUCCUUGGAAGCCCUGGGCAUCCUUCAAAGCUUCAUCCAUGAUGUAGGCCUCUAUCCUGACCAGGAAGCCAUCCACACACUCUCAGCCCAGCUGGAUCUCCCCAAACACACCAUCAUCAAGUUCUUCCAGAACCAGAGGUACCAUGUGAAGCAUCAUGGGAAGCUGAAGGAACACCUGGGCUCCGCGGUGGACGUGGCAGAGUAUAAGGACGAGGAGCUACUGACGGAGUCUGAAGAGAACGACAGUGAGGAAGGCUCGGAGGAGAUGUACAAGGUGGAGACAGAGGAAGAGACCACCGCUGAGAAGAGCAAGGCUGCUCCAGCCGAAACCGACCAGAGAUAAUGUGAACUCCACAGACAGAGCAAUAGAUGGGUCCAAGGACUUUCUGUUCUAGUUUCUUUUCAAGUUCCUCUCGGCUUUGUUUUAUUUUGUUUUGGUUUUGUCUGUUUUAUUUUCCUUACCCUUAAUGGCAUUCCUCUGUUGGCACAGGAUAGCCUAUAGACUGAGUAAGCUCAGAGUUUCUGAAUCAGACGUCGCCUUGGCAAAGACACUAAGUGUUAAACUUUUACAAUUAACUGGACCAUAGUAAUUCUAGUCACAGGAGACCCUGCCAUCAUUCUUGGACUUACAGAAGAGACACCAGGCAAGUUCCAGGAUGGGAAGACCCACGAAAUAAAUGAAGGAAGCUGCGAGUGUGUGUAUAUGUAUAUGUACAUAUCUCUAUAUUUACAUAUAUAUAUUAAAAAUUGCAUGGGACAGAGAACUUUACAAUCUGAAGGACUAGAUUGUGAAAUGAGUUCUUAAAGAAAAGACUUGUUUAUGUAUGAAAAAUAAUCCGCGUCAUAGUGAGUCGCUUUGAC